CCCCACUCGCGGAACAGUGGAGCAGAGAAGAUCGGAGGCAUUAAAACGAGCCCUCGCCUCUUUCGAGGGCAGGCACUGCGUGUUCUUCGUCGGUCUCCGCUCCGGUGAUCUACCGAUCUAUCGGGCUUCCCGGUCGUUUCUGUUCGUUUCGUAAGCUAGCACAAUGUCGACUGUUUCCCUCUCAUCUGCCUGCUCACUGAGGAGCCAUGUCAUGCUCCAGCCGUCCUCUCAGCUGAUUAAGACCCCGUCAUCACUGAGCUCCUUGAAGUGCAUCUCAAAGGCAUCGGCCCUCAAGGUAUCCAACAACUUUAGGGCGUCAGCCAUGGCAGUGUACAAGGUGAAACUGAUCGACCCAGAAGGGGUUGAAUACGAAUUUGAAGCUUCAGACGAUACCUACAUUCUCGAUGCAGCUGAGGCUGCCGGAGUGGAGCUGCCAUACUCCUGCCGAGCCGGGGCAUGUUCUACAUGCGCUGGUCAAAUGGUGUCCGGCGAAGUCGAUCAGUCAGAUGGCUCCUUCCUUGAUGAAACACAAAUGGGAAAGGGUUAUCUCCUGACUUGUGUCUCUUAUCCGAAAUCCGAUGUUGUUAUCCACACUCACAAGGAAGGCGAACUCUAUUGAUCGGGUGCAUUCAGUCCGUCAUUCUUUCUUUAGCGUGCCUGAAAUGAAUAAGACACGGAGUCAAUUAGGGUUCAUUUGCUAAGUUAGAUUUGCGAACUUCAUUGUUUGUGUUGUUGCUUAUAUUAUACUGUUCAGGCUUUAAAAGUCUAAAAUUUCAAUGCAAUUCGUGGUAGCAAGCCCAAUGUUUUUUUUUUUAAAAAAAAAAUAAUUAUGUUGAAUUCAGGUUUGUUUAUGAUAUUUUAAUUGUAGUCUCAUAAAUUAUAGAUUGCCAUA